UAAUGCAUUUUCAAUUAUCGCUAGAGUUUUUCGGAUAGAUGGGUGACUCCACAUUUUCGGACUUUAAUCAGUUCGAAGACGCCGGCAUACGUAUAUUAUAAUCGUGUAGAAGACACUCUCUAUUUAAAGUAGAGUUAAUAAACAAUUUUCCACAAUCUAACAUGUACACAUUAGUGAUCAAAGCAAAAUGUGAACUGUAACAGCGAACUCUGAGAAAAAUUAAACUUUUCACUUUUUCUCUUUUUAAGACCAUGAUCUGGAUGCUUACUGUUUUAAUUCUGCUUAUAUCUGGAAAAUUUCUCGAAACAGUUGAAUCCUCCUGUACAUUGAACAAUCAGCAUUAUUCUGAAGGGGAGAAGUGGAAUCCUAAAUUACAAAUUGGAUCAAAUUGUGUUGAGUGUACUUGUAUUAAGGAAGAAGUAAAGUGUGUAACAACAGUACAGUGUCCCCCUGUGGAAUGCGAGAAUCCUAAAACUGAUCCCCGAAUGUGUUGCCCAGUUUGUGAAGUCGACAUCGACAUCCAGAACACAGGUGGCAAGAACGGCAAAGAAUGUUCAUAUCACGGCAAGAAGUAUUCACAUGGUGACAUCUUUCCAUCAAAUUCAUCAGGAAUAAUACCAACCUCAAAGAAACAAUGUGUUAACUGUGCCUGUACUAAUGGAAAUGUUUUGUGUCAUCUGAAGACUUGCGAUAUACCUAAAGGAUGUUCAAGAUUAAUUCCAGAAAAGUAUGACUGUUGUCCAAAAUGUGCCGAUCCACCACCAGACCACACUACUACAAAUAAAAAGGACCCAUUCGAUUGUGUGGCACACGAUGGACUACAUAAAAACAGUACAGAAUGGAAGCCUAUUGUAAAUGGUGCUCGUAUGCCUUGUGUAACAUGCAAAUGUUUAAAUGGGGAAGUAAUUUGUGAGAGAAAAGAUUGUCCAAAGUUAAAAUGCAAGAGAAAAAGAAAGCCUAAAGGUGAAUGUUGUCCAGUAUGUAGACCAAAAAGGAGGAAGGGUUCGAAAAAAAAGAAUAGGAAACAAAAAGAUGAUGGAAAAUGUAACAGCUCCAAAAAUAGAAAGAAACAAAGACGAAGAGGCAGAAAGGGUAAAAAAGAAAGGAGACGAAAAGUGAAUAGUAAAGGUUAUUGUUUAAAAACAGACACAAAAGAUAGUUCAUCAAUAAUAAAUCCUGAGUUGCCAGUUUUAUUUUCUAAAACUAACAAAUCACAAAGCUGCAUUUUCGAAGGCUUUUGCCUUCCAAGAAAGACAAAAUAUUUAGUGUAUAGAUAUUUUGAAGAAAACUCAAAGACAUUUUUUGCAUUUGAUGACUUAAAGUCUGAUACAGUGGAAGUUUGGUUUUGGAAGGUGAACCACACUGCAGAUGCAAAAAGCGAAUUUAAAGACUCUUUAAGUGAAUUCCAAAUAAACAGUUAUCCAGCAAACUGGUUCAGACAACAAAUAACUGAUGAUAAAAUAAUUUAUGGGGCUGCACGGAAAAAAAAAUUAAAUACAUUCAAAAGAAGACUCAAGCGAACGUACCAAAGGUGUAUUAAAAAGUCAGACAAACGCUGUUCUACAAAAAUAUUAAUGCAAGAAAUAUUAUGUGCGGAUUUCGAAGAAAUUGUGCGAAAAAAAUGUGAGAAAAAAUCGUAGUUGAAAACUACUAAAGGCCCAGACCAAUAUUUUCGUUAAAUUUGUCAUGUUGUUGUCUUUGUAUAUGACUGACUAUUUCGGUCAAUUAGUUCCACAUGAAUUUGGAAUCGUUUUUGUUGUUGUUUUGCGAACUUAUGUACACUUGAACAUAUCUUAAAUGUAAAAAAAAUGGCCUUUCUGCUUUAGUUACAUAUCAUUGCUGUAUAUUUUUCAACUUGGCUUGAUUCAAUAUAAACUCCGAACAAAAAUACAUACUGUCUUUCAGAUACAUCAUAUUUUGCAUUCUCUCUUUCAUUAUAUCUUUGUGGUGAUUAAUUUGCUUGCAAGUUGACAAAAAUGUUACUAAGUUUAUUUUUAUACUUGUUAUUGCUAUUUGUUUUAUGCAUAUAGAUCAUUUUUCUAAACUCUAAUGUUGGAAAUUAAAUUAUAUAAAGAACAAA